CCCUUCGCGUUUGCCGUACGUGGCAUGAAAUUGGAUUGUUUUGCUUUUUGGUAAAGAUCCACCAGCCCCGAACGGAGUAAAAGCUGCAGCAUCAUGUCUGACAAAAGCGAACUAAAAGCGGAGCUUGAAAGAAAGAAGCAACGCUUGGCCCAAAUCAGAGAGGAAAAGAAAAGAAAGGAAGAGGAACGCAAGAAAAAGGAGGCAGAUCAACUGAAAGAUACUGCCGUUCACCCUGAAGAGUCUGACUUGGAGAAGAAGCGCAAUGAAGCCGAUGCCCUGCUACAAAGUUUUGGCAUCGCCUCAGAUGUUUCUGUCGCCGCUCCUCCAACGUCUCCAACUGCCAAAUCGGCAGACACCUUAAGCGAGACGGGGAGCCAGGACUCGGAUGGAGCUCCGGGACCAAGGACUCUACACUGGGACUCUGACCCGUCUACUCUUCAACUUCAUUCUGAUUCUGAGCUGGGGCGGGGGGCUUCCAAACUUGGAAUGGCCAAAGUCACUCAGGUGGACUUCCCUCCACGGGAGACUGUGUCUUAUACAAAAGAGACCCAGACACCUGUCAUGACACAGCAAAAAGAAGAUGAGGAGGAGGAGGAAGAAGUCGCUCCGCCGCAGACUGUCGUCGAGACACCGAUCGAGAAGCCCGACCUCAACGAGGAAGAAGAAGUGACCCUCCAUGAACUGACCGAGGAGGAGAAACUGCAGAUUUUGCACUCGGAGGAGUUUGUGAAUUUCUUCGACCAUAGCACUCGCAUCAUCGAGCGAGCUCUGUCGGAGCACGUGGACCUCUUCUUCGACUACAGCGGCCGCGACCUGGAAGAGAAGGAGGGUGAAAUUCAGGGCGGAACAAAACUUUCGCUCAACAGACAAUUCACAGAUGAACGCUGGUCCAAGCAUCGCGUUGUCACGUGUCUGGAUUGGUCGCCUCAGUACCCCGAACUUCUAGUUGCCUCCUACAACAACAACAUGGACGCUCCUCAUGAGCCAGACGGCGUGGCUUUAGUGUGGAACAUGAAGUACAAGAAGACUACACCGGAGUACGUCUUCCACUGUCAGUCUGCCGUUAUGUCCGCCUCCUUCGCCAAGUUCCACCCCAACGUGGUCGUCGGGGGCACAUACUCGGGCCAAAUUGUUCUGUGGGACAACAGGAGCAACAAAAGGACUCCGGUGCAGAGGACGCCCCUAUCUGCUGCCGCGCAUACGCACCCGGUCUACUGCGUCAAUGUGGUCGGCACCCAGAACGCCAACAACUUGAUUAGCAUCUCCACCGAUGGCAAGAUGUGCUCCUGGAGCCUGGACAUGCUCUCUCAGCCACAGGACAGCAUGGAGCUGGUGUUCAAGCAAUCCAAAGCCGUAGCCGUCACCUCCAUGUCCUUCCCGUUGGGAGACGUCAACAAUUUCGUGGUGGGCAGCGAGGACGGCUCCGUCUACAUGUCGUGUCGUCACGGGAGCAAAGCAGGCAUCAGCGAGAUGUUUGAGGGCCACCACGGACCAAUCACGGGAAUCGACUGCCACACGGCCGCUGGGCCGCUGGACUUCUCCCAUCUCUUUGUGACCUCCUCUUUCGACUGGACCGUCAAAUUGUGGAGCACUAAGAACAACAAGCCGCUCUACUCGUUCGAGGACAACUCUGACUACGUCUAUGACGUCAUGUGGUCUCCGACUCACCCGGCUCUGUUCGCUUGCGUCGAUGGCGUGGGCCACUUGGACCUGUGGAACCUCAACAACGACACGGAGGUCCCAACAGCUAGCGUGACUGUGGAUGGGAACCCGGCUCUCAACAAGAUCCGAUGGGCUCCAUCUGGAAGAGAAAUCGCUGUGGGAGACUCAGACGGACAAGUCCUAGUGUAUGACAUUGGAGAGCAAAUCGCUGUUCCGCGGAAUGACGAAUGGAGUCGCUUUGUCCGCACGCUGGCAGAGAUCAACGAGAACCGAGACGAUGCCGAGGAGCUGGCGGCACAGCGUCUGGCUGCGUGAUGUCACAGCGCAGUGUUCAGGGACCAUCGUGAAUACGAACCUUGCUCUGAUGACGGCUUGAGCGUUCCUUAUUGAAGGAUGAGUCAGCUGAUCAUUUCCCACUCUGCUUUUUGGGACAGGUCAAAACAUCAGAGCUAUACUCGCCAAACACCAAACCUUUUUUUUUUCUCAACCAGAUGCCUUAAAUAUGAAAAUGAAAUCCUGUCUUUAUCUCUGGCAUGUCGACAUCUGCCUCACAGGCUGUACAAGCCAAAUGUUUUCUUUCUCUGCACCAUGUUUCUUUAAUUUCAUGUUACCGAAGCAAUCGCAUCUUUAGAAUGUAAGCAUCAUUGUCUUCAUCUCAUAUCUGCAUGAUUGACAUGUUCAAAAUCUAUAUUUUCCAACAUCCUUGCAGCUCUUUAGACUGGAAUGUCCACCAUGCAUAAGAUGACCACCUAUGCUGUAAACACUCAGUGAUUCAAAGAUCUAUAAAAAAAAUUGUUGCUAUCUCA